AUGGACAGAGAAGAACUUCUUAGUGGAGGCCUCUUUAAUGACACUGUCCCAAUAGGUGGACCUCACCGAACUUCGAUCACUCCAAGGAUAAACGUGGGAAAAAAUGAGAUGGAGCACGAUCCGCCUAUUCAGGUCGUUUUGUCUGAUGCAACAAGUGUUGAAGAUACGACAUGCCUACCUCAAUUUCGUAGCAAGGAAUUUUCGGUGCAGAGGACUCAUGAAGAAUUUGUCUGGCUUCACAAUCAGCUCGAAGAUAAUAUAUCGUAUGCUGGUGUUAUCUUGCCUCCUUGUCCUCCGAGACCAGAUUUUGAUGCCUCUCGAGCCAAAUUGCAACGGCUGGCCGAAGGAGAUGGAAAUAUGACAAAGGAAGAUUUGCAAAAGAUGAAAGCGGAACUUGAAGCGUAG